AUGGGACCCCCAGCGGCCCACGAAGCCCAAGGCAGAGCAGGGCCCCCCGCCGGUGCAGGUCCCUUGCCUUUUGCUUCAUUAAGACUAAUGGUCCCACCUCUUCGAGUGAUGUCUGCCAUCAUCUGGAAGGUGAUUCACUUGCGAAGCGUAAGGCAUUAUGGGAGGGUGGUGGAAUUUAUCACUUUGGUGAAUGAGGCAAUCCCUGAUAUCCUGACGCACAAACAGAGGACGUUGAUUACUGUGGGAUUGAAACUAAAGAUGUCUUUACAGAUGUUAAGCUCUGAUCAAGAUGUCAGAUGUGUUGAAGCUGCAUUGGAGAGCGUUCUACCUGGGAGUUCAGAGCAGAAUGAGUUCCCUGUGCAUUAUGGGCCAGACUUUGAUACAGCACUGGAAACUUUGGUGUCCGAGUUUCUCACCAGAUUGGAUGAGUUGCUGCUAAUUCCAGAUUUUAAACAGACUUCUUUGUGGAUUGGUGAUGAUGCAUCAUCCUUGCUAGAAGAGUACACGCGGUAUACAUCUGAAGCUGAGGACUUCACAGCACUGCUCCAAGGUGCAAUACAAAGAGGAAAUUUAGCCAAGAUGCACACCAGUGACCUGUCUACCUCAGAACAAAAACUCGUCUCAUCACUGGCUGUACCUGUCCCAAUCACAGAGACAAACUCACCUUUUAAGACUGUCGAUAACAACUAUCAAGAGUGCUUCUCACCGGCAGAUGUUGACGAAAUAUCUUGGACAAUUGUGGUUCAUCAGGAACCGGAGAUUUGCUCUCAGGAAGAAACAGUUCUAACAACUCUGAACGUUAGCAAGGAAGACGAAAUAACGGUCGAGCUUUGUGUUUCGGAUGACCAAAAUGUAGCCACUAGCCCAGCUCCUUCCACAUCAGCUCUCCGUUGUGUACCGUCCAGCUUUACGGCAGCCCCUCAGCGGGAAAGAGUUGCUCACAGAUGUUCUUACUGUAGUAAGAGUUAUAUUUAUCGUUACGAACUUUUGGAACAUCAGAGGAUCCACACAGGAGAGACGCCUUACAAGUGUACUCAAUGUGGAAAGGCCUUUAGGAGAAGCUCAGAUCUGUCUAAUCACAGGCGGUUACAGUGCGCAAAAGCUGCCUACCUUUGCCUCAAAUGCGGCAGUAAUUUUCAGUCAGUACAGGAUAAAUUUAAACACCGGUGUGUUCAAAGUGCACCAAAAUAUCGCUGUUCACAUUGCGGAAAAAGCUUCAAGGGGAAGUGCCAGUUAGAAAAGCAUGAAGUGAUCCACACUAGGAAGCGGAUUUUCACAUGCAAGCUGUGUGGAGACAAAUUCUCUGGUAUGAGUGAACUGAUAUUUCAUCGAAAGACGCAUCCCGUGGGGCCGUCUAAUCAGUGCUCGCAUUGUGGGAAAAUGUUCCCCUCUCCAGCGUCCUUGGUAACUCAUGAAGAGCGUCAUGGACAAAAGAAGACCCACUCUUGUUCAUUUUGUGGCAAAUCCUUCAAGAACAAACACGACCUGACCCGUCACAAACGCACUCACACAGGCGAAAGGCCAUAUCAAUGCACGCACUGUGAGAAACGUUUUUACAUGUUAGCAAACCUUACCGUACACAUAAGGACCCAUACUGGCGAGAAACCAUACCUGUGUUCUGACUGUGGCAAAGCGUUUGCAUCAGCCGGUGAGCUGCAGAUACACAGACGCACCCACACAGGGGAAAGGCCCUACAAAUGCACCGUGUGUGAAAAAGGAUUCACCAUGGCACACAAACUAACACGUCAUAUGCGUGUUCACACUGGGGAGCGACCUUAUGUCUGCACAGAAUGUGGAAAAGGUUUUUCAAGCAGCGGACAAUUGAAAAUUCAUAACAUGAAUCAUACAGGAGCCCGACCCUAUGCCUGUGAGUUGUGUCCUAAAGGUUACAGGUGUCUCAAUCACCUAAAGAGGCAUUUGAAAUCUCAUGGCAUUCAACAACAAUCCACCUAA